AUGUGUGAAAGACAUGUUUUAGUUUUCCCUUUUGUGGCGGUAGUACUGGCCUUCGCAAACAGUACUUUGGCCCGGGUGGCGCCGGAUUUCAUCCACCCAUGUAACAACACAGAGGUAUCAUGCUUAGCACAAUCAACACAAGAUGCUAUACCAGAAUUUUCCAAGGGCAUACCUCACCUUGGUGUACCAUCCUUAGACCCCUUCAUAAUAGAGGAACUGCCAAUCCAAUUGCCGGGAGUCAAGGUGACCUUCUUGGAUGGAAAAGUUACAGGCCUUCGAAAAUGCCAGGUGUUAAAUGUCGAAGCGUACCUGGAAAAGAAUAUAUUUAUAAUAGAAAUCAAAUGUAACAUAACUAUAAAAGGCAAAUAUACUGCUGUUGGAAGGUUACUUUUAUUCCCAAUAAAUGGAGAAGGUGACUCCAAAAUCAAAAUAGUGAACUCUAUCAUAAAACUGAAUAUAAAAACCAAAUACUUCAAAGAUGCAGAAGGACGAGACCACUUUGGAAUAAAAAAUUAUAAAUAUACGUUCGACUAUGGCGACAGGGUCCAUUAUACCAUCAAUAACCUAUUCAAAGGGAAUCCGGAAUUGAGUAACACAGUAUUACAAUUUCUAAAUGAAAAUUGGAGGGUCGUAACAGAAGAGUUCGGCCAACCAGUAGUCGACUACGCAAUGAAUGUCACCAUAGAAACUGCUAAGAAGUUUUUCACAGCAGUACCUUACGAUGAGCUGCUCAAUGUACCGAUACCAAAGUAU